UACAACCAAAUCCUAAUCUGACUCUAACUCUCUGCACAGCACGGAGAGGAAGAGAAAAAAAAAAGGUGUAGCUGUCCCUCUCUGGCAUAAGCAAAUGGAGUAGAAAAGCUGACGCCAGAUUUUCUCGAGAACAUGAGAGAAAGGAAAAGAAAAGAGACUGAGCUUCACCGCCCUUUCUUCAGCACUUUUUUCUCCAUUGUUCGUAAUCCUGUGCGUCAGCCCAUUUUAUAAAUCUGCUUGUGUUUAUAGAAAAACAAAAUUCAUCAAAUCUAAAAAGAUUUUGCAGUGCCAAGGGUUUUAUUGUCCUUAGCAAGCUCAUUGAGGCGGACAAUAUUCAGUGUUGGUUGAGGGGGAAAAUUUAUAAAAAGUUGGAAACUUUGAUUUUCCAACUGAUGCUUUCAUGCCUUCUAAGUCGGUUGUCAAACUUAGAUGGAUGCUACUUCUUCUGAAUCAAAUAGCAACACCCAAAGUGACCAAUACCCCUUGUUGAUGGAACAAAUGGAUAGCCAUAAUGAUCACGAGCACAUAAUCAACUUAACAAGAAAUGAUGAUGCUUCAUCAAGCUCAUCCCAUGAUGGUCGGCCUCCUGAAAUUGACUUACCUCUGCAUGAAGAUAGAUCAUCAGGUGGCCCCACUCAUCAAACUUCAUCUUCCUUAAAUGGAUUAAACUCUAGGAAUUCAACAUUUACAAGGAGAAGUGAUGGGUAUGACCGUCGGCGCAGGAGCCCAUUGAACUCUGCACUAUGGAUUUCCAUUGAGCUAUUUGUCACUGUGGGUCAGAUUAUAGCCUCUAUUGUUGUUUUAUCAUUGUCAAGAGAUGAAAACCCACAAGCCCCAUUAUUUGCAUGGGUUGUGGGCUAUGCAUCUGGUUGUGUUGCUACACUUCCCAUUCUUUACUGGCGUUUUCGUAACCGCUACCAGAGUGCCCAACAAGAUUCUGUUCAGUCACAUCAAGGCUCUUCCCAAGACAAUCCUCCUGACUCAUCUUAUACAGCCAUUUCUGUUUCUCAAGCUUCAGAUGAGGAGAACUUUCGCAAUACAGAAUCAACCACAAUGAAUGGUCAAGCCGCAAGACCAUUAGGUGCACGCAGGUUCAAUGGAUUAAUGGACCAUUUCAAGAUGGCUUUGGAUUGCUUCUUUGCGGUGUGGUUUGUUGUGGGCAAUGUGUGGAUAUUUGGAGGUCACUCUACUCCCACCGAUGCUCCCAAAUUGUACAAAUUAUGUAUAGUAUUCCUUACUUUUAGCUGUAUAGGAUAUGCCAUGCCAUUCAUACUAUGUGCAACAAUUUGUUGCUGCUUGCCUUGCAUAAUCUCUCUCCUUGGAAUUCGGGAGGAUUUUUCUCAAACUAGAGGAGCCACUGUAGAAUCUAUCAAUAGUUUGCCAACCUACAAGUUCAAGUUACAGAAAAGUGAGAAUGUCAAUGUUCAUGACAACUCAGGGACUGAUGAUGGUGGAGUCUUGGCUGCAGGGACUGAAAAGGAACGUGCAAUAUCAGGAGAAGAUGCGGUUUGCUGUAUUUGCUUGAAUAAGUAUGUCGAUGACGAUGAGCUGAGGGAACUCCCCUGCACCCAUUUCUUCCAUGUGGACUGUGUGGACAAGUGGUUGAAGAUCAAUGCAUCAUGUCCCCUCUGUAAAAGCGAACUUGGUGAGAGUAGUGGUGCUCCGCCAUUAGCCAGAGACUCCAGCCAACACUAGAGCAAGUUAGAAUGAUAGGUAAUGGAUUGAUCAGCCAUUGGAUUUUGCAUGUCUGGGGUAGAUACCUCAAAUGCACUCGUUUUCAACAAACUAAAUUUUGUUUCACAGAGAUGGAAAGGGCAACAGCAGGUUUUUUCGGUCCUAGCAUUGGCUUUUAAGUCUAUUUAAUUGUUUGUAAUUGCGCUAUACAGGACAAGCUUCCCACCUGAAAUAGCCCGCCGUUCUGUGAAAAUAAAAAAAGUAAUCUUCUUUGGUGUUGCUAUUA